AUGAUAUUGUUCCUCUGUGACUGGUACAAGCGAGAAGAACUGGCUACGAGAAUAUCUUUUCUAUUCGUGGCUUCUGCUUUAUCCGGAGCAUUUGGCGGUUUACUGGCAUAUGCAAUCCUAUAUAUGGAUGGUGUGGCUAGAAUGAAAGGCUGGCGAUGGCUCUACAUCAUAGAAGGGAUCAUUACCCUGGUUUUCGCAGGGCUAUGUGUAUUCAUUGUCCCCAAGAACUUUGAGACUGCGUACUUCUUGACCGAAAACGACAGAGUAAUUAUGCGACACCGCGCCGAGGCAACUGCAGCGUAUAGUGGUGGACAGAGUCAUUACAAAUGGAAAGAUGUCAAGAUGGCUGCCAAGGAUGUCAAGAGCUGGUUGCACGGAAGUAUACAGAUAUGUGUCGUUACGAUUCUUUAUGGCUUUGGCACAUUUCUUCCAAUCAUCCUGAAGGAUGGGUUCCAUUAUUCGAUUAUCCAAGCCCAGUAUCUGGUCGUUCCGGUAAAUCUAUGGGGUGCAAUUGUCUAUGCCAUCGGUGCAGUUCUAUCAGACAAAUACAAAGCCCGUUUCCUGUCCCUAAUCAUCUCUGCACCCUUCGGCAUAGUCGGCUACGCCAUUUUGGUUGCCAACAGUCGCCGUCGUCUCUCGGCGGGCGUUCAAUAUUUCGCAACAUAUCUCAUUUCAACGGCAAGUUACUUGUGUACCGGAACGAACAUUGCCUGGCUCUCCUCAAACUGUGCCCCGGAUGGCAAACGAGCGGCUAGCGUUGGCAUUUUGUUGUCGUUAAUCAAUAUCGGAGGCGUUGUUGCAGGUCAGGUAUACCAAACUUCUUCUGCGCCUGGAUUCGUGUUGGGUCAUUCAUGGUCACUUGGUUGUUUGGUAUUUGCAUGGUGUGGAUGGUGGGUUGUACUGGGCCUUUACAAGAAGAGAGAGCGAGAGAAGGAUAGAGCUUUGGCGGAGGGAGUUACCAUUCCACAGGACGAAUGGAGUGAUCGAGCACCGGACUUUAGGUAUCAGUUUUAG